AUGCAGUUAUCAAGGACGCUCUUCCAUAUAGUUUUCAUAAUUAUUUUAAUAAUAUUAACGCGAUUCGCGGGGUCUGCUAAUGUGAAUAACACGUCAAGUGCAAGAAGAUUUUUACUUGACGAGGAACAUGAAGUUUCGAAGAAAAUUCUUAAAAAAUGUAACAACAAUUACUUUAACUGGAUAUGUUUAAGAAUAGAAUUUUUAAAGAUUUUAGACAGUUUGUCAGCACGGGAAGAAGUGCGACUACUAUCCGGCGUAAGUAUUGUAAGGGACGUUAGCCGUCAACCAAUCAAAAAUUCUGCUUUAAUCUCGGAUGCGGCUCGUGGUUAUCCUCACAAUCCUAAUGCUCGGUUUAAUGCGUACAUCUUGAGGAAACUCUAUAACUAUCUGCAAACGCAUUAUCUACGCUUGAAAUUACUUAACCAACAACCAAUUGAAGAGGGACGUAAGGGAGAUGAUUAUGGCGGGGGCGGUGGUGGUUAUGGUGGCCAUAAGAAGGGCGGUUACGAAGCUAUGAUUGCUGCUGCAAUGAUGAUAAAAGGUAGCCUAAUGGCUAUGGCUAUUGGCGGUGUAGCGCUAAUAGCUGGCAAAGCUUUAAUGGCUGCUCUAAUGGCCUUAACAAUGGCUGCGGCUGCUGGCCUGAAAGGCAUGUCUGGCGGUGGCGGUAAAUCUACUACUUAUGAAAUUGUUGCUAAACCAAUUCAUACAUCGGGUUAUACCCAAUCAAUGAACUACGAUGAGGGGCAUAUGAUGAACAAUAACGGCGGAUCGAGCGGCUACGGUGGUUAUUCAAGAUAA